GGUCCCCCGUUUUCCGUCGUGGGGAUGCAGGCAAGUGGCAUGUUCCUUCCGUUCCCAUCUGUUUGCUGUUAAUUAACUACUCAACCUGCAUUGCGUCACUCUUCAACUUUCCUUCUAAUUCUAUUCUAUUUUCCUAUCAUCAACUUCAACCUCUUUCCUUAAUUCAUUAAUCAAAAACCAAGUGUUCUCAUUUCUUUCGAUUAGACAUUCUCUCUCUCAUCGCGAUCUCUCGAAAACCCUACUCUCUCUCUCUCUCUCUCUCUCUCUCUCUCUGGAGCUGCUCGUAAGGAGGAUCGAGCAGUUUCAAUUUCGAUUCACGAUGAAUUUUACUCAGCUCAAUUUCGCCUCUUGAUUCUCACAAUCAUGUGGUUUGCGUUCUGGAGACCCAAAGAUCGUUUUUCCUUGGAUCAACUCAGGUACUUAGCUGAUCAGUUGACAAAAGUUCAAAUAGUUAAUGAGGUUAAUAAGGAUUUUGUUAUCGAGGCACUAAGAUCAAUUGCGGAGUUGGUAACAUAUGGCGACCAACAUGACCCAAGCUUUUUUGACUUGUGGCAGAUUUUUCAUGGAAAAGCAAGUAGUGGGUGAUUUUGUACGUAUUCUAAAACUUAGCAGGACUAUAAGCAUUCCUCUUCAGUUGCUACAAACAGUGAGCAUUAUGAUCCAGAACCUUCAAAGUGAACAUGCUAUAUAUUAUAUGUUUAGUAAUGAACAUAUGAACUACCUAAUUACAUAUGCAUUUGAUUUCCGCAAUGAAGAGCUAUUGUCAUACUACAUAUCUUUUUUAAGAGCAAUAAGCGGGAAAUUGAACAAGAAUACUAUUUCACUUCUUGUGAAGACGCGCAAUGACGAAGUAGUUUCAUUUCCACUGUAUGUUGAGGCGAUACGCUUUGCCUUUCAUGAGGAGAAUAUGGUUCGUGCUGCUGUACGUGCUGUGACCCUUAAUGUUUAUCACGUUGGAGAUGACUCUGUUAAUAGAUAUAUAACUAGCGCACCUCACACAGAUUACUUCUCAAAUCUGGUUUCCUUUUUUAGGAAGCAGUGUAUGGGUUUAAACAGACUGAUCUCUGAGACGCUAAAAAAUCCAGGCCCAGAUUCAAACUCUACUGUUACUGCUGCUGUAGAUGAAAUUGAGGAUAACCUGUAUUACUUCAGUGAUGUGAUCUCUGCUGGAAUUCCUGAUGUUGAAAGGUUAAUAACAGACAGCAUUCUGAUGCUUCUGAUUUUUCCAGUACUUCUUCCUUCCCUGAGGAUGGUGGCUGUUAAUCAUGUUAACCAGGAUAUGCAAAGUGGUGUUGUCACUUCUCUCUACUUACUUUGUUGCAUCUUGAAGAUAGUCAAGAUCAAAGAUUUGGCAAAUACAAUAGUUGCUGCUCUUUAUUACCCCUUAAAGUCCUUUACAAAAUGUUCUGGGAGUCAAGUCAAUGGCUAUAUACCUGAUCAUGGUUUUACAUCUGAAAGCGAAGGGACAUGUAAUGAUAAUCUUGCUCAGAAUAAUACGGAAGGCUUGAAGGUCAAUGUGCCAUGCUCAUCUAGUUCUUCAGGUUCUCAUCAACAAAGUGUCACCAUGCUAAAUAACGGUAGCAGUUCGAAUGCGGCUUUGAGGGAAGUUUUGCUUGAAUAUGUAACUGAAGGGGAUGACGUACAAGUUUUGGGUUCCUUGAGUGUGCUUGCCACUCUAUUGCAAACUAAAGAACUUGAUGAGUCAAUGCUAGAUGGGCUUGGAAUUCUUCCACAACGCAAACAGCACAAAAAGCUCUUAUUGCAAGCUUUGGUUGGCGAGGCUUCAGAGGAAGAGCAACUUUUUUCUUCUGAAAGUAGCUUGACUAGAGAUGGCAUUGCCUGUGAGCUUGAUGUUUAUCUUGAAAAGAUCAAGGAGCAUUAUGGGGUAUCUUUCCAGCCUUCAAAUGUGGGAUCCAGCCCUCGUGUACCUAGAUUUCAGGUUCUUGAUGCAUUAGUGAGCCUCUUUUGCCGUUCUAAUAUAUCGGCAGAGACAUUAUGGGAUGGUGGUUGGCUUUUACGCCAGUUGCUUCCAUACAGUAAGGCAGAAUUCAACAACCACCACCUGGAAUUGCUGAAAAUUUCAUACGAGAAUUCUGCUUCUGCUCUUGAAAAGGAAGUUAGAGGUUUCUGGCCUGACCUUCUUAUUACUGUUCUUUGUGAUGAGUGGAGAAAGUGCAAAAGAGCAAUGGAGUCCUCAUCCCCUCCAAAAGAACCAAAGUGCAUACUUUAUCCACCUCGAAUGUUCUUUUCAGAAGGUAAGCUUGUAGCUGUUCCAAUAUUUUUUCUUUCUUUCACUGGUUAUGUCAAGAAUAGUAAGAAGGCUUUUGAUUCUGUUUCCGAUGUUCCCACAGAAGAUAUACCUGAGGGAUCAUCAUUUACUGCUGGAGAAAGAAUGCAUGAGUUGGUGAAGGUAUUUGUACUACUGCACCAACUUCAAAUAUUCACUCUUGGUAGAGCUUUGCCUGAGGAACCUCUUAUUUAUCAUCCAUGUGAUCAUGGUACAAAUUCUCGUGCCCAAACUUCUGGGCUUAUGUCAGUCCCAAAGCCAGGCACUGAAAUCAACCUCGUUAAUGCCGUACCUUGUAGAAUUGCUUUUGAGAGGGGCAAAGAACGUCAUUUUUGCUUUCUAGCAAUCUCUGUAGGAACAUCUGGUUGGCUUGUGCUUGGAGAAGAAUUUCCGCUGAAGAAGCCUUACGGAGUUGUUCGGGUUGCUGCGCCGUUGGCUGGAUGCAAUCCUAGGGUUGAUGAUAAGCAUUCAAAAUGGUUACACCUGCGGAUCCGACCAUCCGCUUUACCUUUUCUGGACCCUGUCAAGUACAAUCCACAUGGGAAGUUAAAGACAAAAGCUUUUGUUGAUGGAAGAUGGAUAUUGGCGUUCAGAGACGAGGAGUCUUGUAAAACUGCUUUUUCCAUGAUUCUUGAAGAGAUUAAUUAUCUGUGUGAGGAGGUUCAUAGAAGAAUAAAACCUUCGCUCAAGCUUGAAACUGCGAUAGAUAUAUCAAGCUCGUCUGCACCUGUUUCAGAAGAUUCCUCUUCACAUACAACACCUCCCAAUUCAUUGUAAGUUCUUUGAUUCAUUUAAAAUAAUAGGCCGUUCACUCCAGGGGUGGGAAAUUAUUAUGUCUGUCACCCUUUUGUAUAUGCUCCCAAAAUAUACCCGAUUUGUAGAUUAGAAAUUGUGGUUUAGUGUCAUUCUUUUUGUAUACUAGUUCUUUCUCCUGAUUUGUAAAUUUACCCUUUUGUCUCAUUCUUUAGGAGCUCUAACCUAGGCCCCAUAGUUUUCUUUUAUAUUAUACAUUAUCAGUAAGCACUGUAACAAAUGUAAAUUUGAGGGUACUCCAUGAAGGGUUUUUUCCUUGUUUCGACGUGUGUUAUUUGUGAUUAUAUGGAUUACAGAAUAAUGAAAGCUUUUCUCUUUUCUUUCCA